AUGCCUAUCGCUCUUGCAAAGGUUGCAAAAAAGAUUCGAGCAAAGAAAGGAGGAAAGCUCGAUCAAUUGAGCGUCCGUCAUACAAAUAAAUUGAACAGGGCGACACAGAGGGAGGCAAAGCUACGGAGACUUGAGGCAUCAAGGUCGAAGACUCGGGGACCUGAACGUAUGGCUAUUUAUUUUGGCGGUUGCCUUGAGGUACCCCCUGGCUAACGAUGUUAUUUUAGUGGUUCGAGUAGGUUAUUUUAAAGUAGCCAUGAAAGAUGCGACUGAGCCGCUGAGCGUACCCCAAAUCCGUGAUCUUAUUGAGCAGUAAGUCAUGCGCCGUAAUUUUGCCCCUGGAGCCCUAACUGACGGUGCCUUUAGAUGGGUCCAUAGAAACGAUGGGGAGUUAUCUGGGCUCCAGGAGGCACGCCGACCCGGAAGAUCACCUUCUACCAAGGAGGACUUGUUGAAGCAGAGUAUUGCCCGGGAAAUAGAGGAGUUCCGAACAGGCUUUUAUGUCCCUGAUUUGCAGGACUGGGCCAAUAUCGAAUGGUUGCAAAGGUGGGACGGAAGUGUGGGUGCUCUAGCACAGAUCAGAUUCAGGAGGAUAACGAGGGAAGACUCGGAAGAUUCUUCAAAAAUGGAUUUAUAG